CUAUCAGUACUCCGCGCCAUUCUAUUACCCACUUUUAGAAACCCUCUUCUAUAGAAAAGGGGAUAGCUCUAGAAAGGGAUCGAGUAGUCGCCUUUUUCUCCGUCCCAUCAUACCUUUAUCUAUAUCACCUACAGCAACCCUCUUUCGUGUCUGACAUCAUCUCUCAAAUUCAGAAUAAAUCUCCCCUUCGCCAUGGUUCCAUUUCGCACGAUACUACAAUCCAUCUUCCCACAGAUCCAGUCGAAAACCACUCUGCCGAAAAUCCCACCGAAAAUCAUAGAAAAUAUCUUCGCAAUUCUCUCCAUCCCAGACCAGAUCUGCUUCGGGCUGAGUUGCAAGUACAUCUUCACUUGUCUAAAUUCAUACCUUGAGACGCACCAAAAGCAGCUUCGCCAGCUUCUCCCACCCGAGAAACGGGUGCUGCUAUGCCCCAACGUCAAAAGACGACCUAGAAUCCAAUUACUCCUUCAACUUGAGAACAACCAUUGGAGAUAUUGCGAUGAUUGUUGGACUCUCCACCCCCACUCUACAUGGCGGACCGUGCAAUCUGUCCGGAGACAUCUGCAGAAGCGAUACUGCUCUGAGUGUCAACUACUAUUCCAGCGACAGAUACGCUGUAUGCCAUAUGCAGGGAAGGUCGACAUUUGUCCCUGCGUUACCAUCACAUUUUGCGAUAAGCUCCAAUUAAUGCAACUGUGUAGAGAUGCCAGAAGGGUUGUGCCUCCCGGGACAAGAUAUUCCAAUAAUAAUGCUACGCUUCCUCCUGGCAGCAAUCAACCACACGAGAAACUCCAACAUGAAUGCACUUUUGCCGGCCAUCCGUUAAUCGCGAUCCACAUCAAAACAGAAUUUUUGAUAGUCGGAAAGAGCAGGAGGCUGUGUGUGAUCAGUCACUAUACGUUUCUAGCGCGACACGAAGCUCCUUCCAUGAGUUUACAGUCUCUCUUACCGUGCCCACACAAGAAUAUUGGAAACUGGGUUCGAAGAAUCUUGAGUGAAGGCGGGUCAAGCUUUACAGGAUGGGACAAAGAUCGUUCUACACGCUGCUUUAACUGUAAACAGGGUGGCUGGACGAGAUCGAGAAAUGGGGAAGGCCCCUACACUUUUAAGUUAUCAACACUGAGGAACCUAGGGAAUAGCCAAUGGCCUAACAGAGCUUGGAGUCGCAAUUGCUAUGGCUGAUUUGAUAAUUUGAUGAUCUCUUUGCUUCUGAUGUGUGUACUGGUGGAUCCUGAAUUGAAGUCUGUCACCGUUUUUCUUUCAAAUCAUGGCUAUCAAUUGUCUACAGGAAUGACUAAACCUCCAUGGAAAGCGAUGACGGUGGAGAGAGAGACCAAUGGGCCUGUUUCCUAAAGAGUCGUGCACAGGACACGGGUCGCCUGCGCUCCUCCACGUUGGAGUUGCAUCUUGCCUUAAGCUCUUUCUCAGACUAUCUCGUUUCUAUCGUCGUAUGCUCCUUCCGUACUUCAAGAUACUGCUUCAUCUGAUG